UGCUGACCUCCACUCAAGAUGCUACUAGAUCUUUUUCGCUAUCGUACACAAGACUGGCUGGCACUUUUGUUUAUAUUGGUCAUCCGCAAUAGCAUCAUCAUCUUCUUCCCAUUCUUGAGCAUUCACAUCACCUGAAUCAGAGUCUUGAUAGCAUCGUAUUUGCACAUGUUUGCAUCCUUCUUUCUUAACCAUUUUGGCUCAAAUAUGUGACUCCUUGGACUAUUUAACACUAGGUUGUGCUAUUUUAUCACAUUUUAGGUCCUAGCGAGUAAAGGGAGGCAUAGCCGCAAGUUUCGGGUCAUAUAGAGGUCGUUUGGUCAUUUAAAGGCCUCUCAAACGUGGAACUGAGGAAGAAAUAUGAGCAGCCUUCCCUAAAAGCACGGUCAUGUUUCACUCAGCACCCUACCAAUGUUGUCUUGGUGAAAAUUACGAGAAAGCUUUCCUAAAGCACAAUCGUGUUUCAUCAACGACUCGCUCGUGUUUUAAUUAACGAGGCUAGCUCUUGAAGAAUGUUGAAGGAAAGUAAAGCACAGGAAAACGAAGAUCAAAAUACCGUCGGUGCUUCUCAAAAUAUCGCCGGUGCUUUUCAAAAUACUGCUAGUGUUUUACUCAGACGCGAUCGUGGAUUUCCCAAUCCCAAAUUAAACAAAACGUGUGAUCUGGUCAAAGCACGGUCAGAAGCAAAGCACGACCAUGCUCGUGCCCAUAUUUUGCCCAGUAUUGGGGUAAAUAGGCAUAUUCAAGCCAAAGGAAGGGGAUUCGAAUUUUUGGAGCAAAAAUAGAGUUCUAGAGAGAGAAAAUGACGAAGAGCAAAUCCUAGGAGCUAUUUGGAGUGGAUUUCUCGCCAUUGAAGCCCAUAUCUCCAGGAGUGAAGAUUGACAUCCCAGAGCAUAUUAUUCCCAUCUUUAUGAGUAUGACUGCUUUGAUUUAUGUUUUCCUCUCUCUCUAUGGAGUAGAACUUUCUCUCACUUGGGUCUGAAGAACCCUUGUUCCAUGUGUUAGGGAUCUUGCUUGUAAUGACUUUUGUGAUGAUAUAUUGAUUGGUUUUAAUCGAUUAAAGUGUAUUUAUUGAGUCAAUUGAAUCCUGAUCAACUUCUCUUGAUUUCUGCUUCAACCUGUGAUAGCUAGAAUCUGAUUAGGUUGUACUUGUUAGAGCUUCUUCAAUCGAUAGGAGUGAAUUGAUUGUACGAGAUUCAGUCAAUUCACUGCUUUGUACUGGAAUUCGUUUCCAGUUAAGGAGUUCUAUAUGAAUUGCCAUAGCAUUCUAUCCCGGUGGAGGAUAGUCGUCUACUGGAUAGUCUUUCUAAGUGACACAAUCCUAAAUUGCAUCCAUUUCCAUUAUGAAUCGAUGGAUCAAGAAUCCAUUUCAACUCGAUUAGAUAACAUUGAAUUUUGGCUAAGUUUUGUCAAGUCACCUCAUUCGCAAGCUUAAUUCUUUCAAUUGGCUCGAUGGAAAUGGGAUUGUGGGGGUUUGUUUUGAAGAUGGAAUCACCCUCGGCAAGCUGGAGUUCUUGGUUGUUCAAGGAAAGUCCAGGAGGUUCGUUUUUAAAGCUUCCCAAACAGCCUGAACCAGAAUUCUGCCUGAAUUUGGCUAAGGCGGAGACAGUGUUCAGAGGAGCACUUUGAAGCUCUAUUUAGGACAGAAGAAUGAGAGUCAAGUUUCAAGGUUGAUACCACACGAAAGUAUGAAACUUUUAUUACAAUGAAAAAGGCGUUGGAUGAUUGGAACGAAGAUUGGAAAGAUUCGAAUGAAAGCUCCAAAUAAUCAUGUCGAGGCUGAGUUUCUGUCUUUGGAAAUCAAGCAAACUGAAUCCUUAUCGAAUUAGGAUUCCUUUGUUGUUUCGUGUAGUUUACUUUUCAUUGUUGAUUUUUAUUUCCUUUUCGAAUUGUAUUGUGUUUAGAACUUCCUUAUGAGUUUUUAGGUUUAGUUCAUAGGCUUUGUCUUGUGAAAUUGGAGAUCGUGAGUUUUUGUUCAAUUGAAUAACAAACCGAGAGUUUGAGUUCAUAGGCUUUGUCUUGUGAAAUUGGAGAUCUUCCUAACUGAUUCUAGGAUCGAUGCUGAGCUUGUAUCGUUUAGUUAUUCCCACUGUUCGUGGCCAAGCAUCUACCCUAAUGUUUCGAGCCUCUUUCCUUACGAGAAGGUUGCACGAAAGUCACCAUCGCAACUCGAACUCAAAACCCAUGUUUUGUGUUCUUUCUUGCUGAGUUUCAAUUCAAUCUUUGAAUUGACUCUUUGUUGUGCUUCUCUGAUCAAACCACCUACCUAGGGGGUUAUCCCUAAGAAGGUUUGGUUAGCUUAAGAGAUUCCAAGCUACUUUCGGAACUUUCGCAGUUUAAUCAAUAGUGAAUCAAUCAAAGGGAAUUACAACUUGAACCCAACUAAGGAGCUAGGGGGACUCAUUCCCGAAUGACUCUUCUCUUGCUUCAAAAAAUUGAACAACUUACUGCUUUCUUUCUGCUUUAGUUUAAAUUUACUCUCACUCAACUUUCCUCGCUAGAUAAUAGAUAAUCACGGAGUAGGCAGUACGUCUAAGCUCCGGGUUGAUAAGUAAAACUUACGCACUAUUCUGAAUUUUCAUUCUACGAUUAUUACUUGGUGGUAGUUUGUUGUUGUGUCUUAGUGAGUCAAGUUUUGGCGUCAUUGUCGGGGACCUCUAGGUUAUUUGAUAGACCGUUAAUUACACAUGUUUUUACCCCUAUUCUCGAGCCGUUUGAGAUGUUGAUUCUCGUGUUUUAGGACGAUUUCACGCUAGGUUGUGCUUGUUUGUGAUAUUUCAAGUCCUAGUAAGUGAAUGAAGAUUUGGGAACGAGUUCGAGGUCGAUUGGACGAAGUUUGGACGUUUGGCGAGAAGCUGAGAAGCCACACGGGCAUGCCUUAAAGCCACACGGCCGUCUAAGGGAACCCACAUGGCCGUGUGGAAAUUCCAGGGAACUCACACGGGCAGUCUGGAAAUCCACACGGCCGUGUGGUUGUGGCCGUGUAGGAUGGCUGAAGGCACUUAAUCGAAACGCCGCGUUUUGCACAUUUCACACGGGCAGCUGGGACAUCCACACGGCCGUGUAGCCUGCCCUGCCCUAGAAAGAGAAAGUGCGAAGAACACCUCCUAAGAGUGAUUUUGGAGUUGGGUUUCAUCAAUCGAGCUUGGAGAUCAUCAAGGGAGUGAAGAUUGACAUCCCAGAGCAGAUUCUUCCCAUUGUUAUGAGUAUGACUGCUUUGUAUUCUGUUUUCCUCUCUCUCUCUCUCUCUCUAUGGAGUAGAACCAUCUUACACGUGGGUAUGAAGAACCCUAGUUCCAUGUGUUAGGGAUCAUGAUUGUAAUGACUUGGGAUAGCUAUACUGUUUGGUUUUAAUCAAAUGAUGCAUGAUUCAUUGAAUUAAUUGAAGUCUGAUCAGCUUUUCUUGAUUUCUGCUCCAACCUGAGAUAGAUAGAAUCUGAUUAGGUUGUUAGAGCUUCAUCAUUCGGUAGUAGUAGAUUGGUUAUACGAGAGUUAGUCAGUCUAGUGCUUUGUACUGGAAUCCAAUUCAAGUAGUGGAGUUCUGUGUUCAUAGCCUCAGCUUUCUAUCCCGGUGAAGACUAGUCGUCUGCCGGGUAGUUGGACUAAGAGGGCUUGGUCAGCUUAAGAGAUUCCAAGCUACUGUCGGAUCUUCUGCAGUUUAAUCAAUAGUAAAUCAACCCAGGGUAAUUACAACUGUGACCUAACUAAAAAACUAGGGGGACUCAUUCCCGAGUGACUCUUCCUUUGCUUCAGAAAACCGAACCAAUUCCUGCUUUCUUACUGCUUUUAGUCAAAACAACAAUCACUCGACUUAGUUUGCUAGAUAAUAGAUAAUCACGGAGUAGGCAGUAGAUCUAGACCCCGGGUUGAUAAUUAGAACUUGCCACUAUUCUGCAUUUCCGGACUGCGAUUACACUUGGUCGCAGUUUGGUAUUGUGUCGUAGCGUGUCAAGUUGUUGGCUCCGUUGCCGGGGACCCUCUAGGUUAUUGGGGAAACGUGAAAGUUUGUUACUCUAGCUUUUUCUUUACUGCAUUCUCUCUCUUCCACCUGUGUGCCUUCACGGGUUGCUUUUGGUGAUUGUGUGCAGGUAGUGCAUGACCCGUAGCCAGUCGGGAGAUUUACUACCACUGGACCAGGAGCUUGAACGGACCUGCCGGAACUUCAAGUGGGCUCUAAAGGCGCGACUGGCUGCGGAGGAGGCGCUAGCACAGCUGCAAAUCGCCGACGAAGAAGGGAUGGGUGAUCCAUAGGACCAUGAUGUGGUCCUUCCUGAGGAGCAGACCAUGGGAUACUACUAGACCGCCAGAGCCGCGGACAUGAGGUCGCCAAUUGAACACCCUCAAAUCGAAUGAACUUGUUGCUAGCUCAGAGCACUCAAAUCGAGACUGUCUACAGAGGAGGACUUUGAUAAGGUUGUUGUUACCGACAAAUUUGAGAGUGAAGAAUAAAUGAGUGACUCUAAUGAUGCCUAGGCGGUUGUCCCCAAGGAGCAUACCAUGGGCUACUACUGGACCACCAGGCCAGCUAACAUGAGGUCCAGCAUCCAACAACCUCAAGUUGUUGCCAACAACUUUGAGGUAAGCACCUCUGUUAUCACCAUGCUACGAGGUUCAGUGGUGUUCCAUGGGAAGACGGGCGAGUAUCCCCAUGCGCACCUGCUGCGGCGAUUCCACGAGUUGAUCGAUGGAAUCAAGAUAAAUAGGGUUCCUCAAGAUGCGUAGUAUAGCAGGUUUAGCUUUAAUUGUCAACCCGGGUCAUAGAUGUGACGAAUACUCCGUGAAGUUCUUAUUAGUUAGCGGUUUAACUAUAGUGAAGUAUUAACUAAGCUAAACAAACACAAAGCAGUAAAAGUUGUGGUUCAAGUUUGAGAGAGGUCACCCAGAUAUGGUUCCCCCUAGAUUGCAGUUAAGUCGGGUUAUAAUUCUCCAAGUCCAAAUUCAAUGAAAGUUAUAUUGCAGAAGGUUCUUAUUUAGUCUGAAGUCUCAACUAAAGGUUGCCAGAUCCUCUCAAUCUGAAUACCCGGCGGGCGACUAACCUCCACCGGAGUGAACAAACUGAGGCCCUAACGUUCAAAACCUCCUCUACUAGAGUAAAUCCAGUACAGAUCAGUGAAUUGACUCCUCGACUAAAGUAGUCAAUUCACCACCAUCAAUUAAGGUUGCUCUAUCAACCUAGGCAAAGAUUCUCUUUCUAGGUGAAAGCAGGAACUAAAGGAAUUUGAUCAGG